UUAAAAUUUUAUUUAUUUUCAUAAAAUUCAAGCAACUUCGCAAAUAUUUUGUAUAAUUUUAUUUUACAUUGUUUAAAUACAAAGAGAUAAUUACAAUUUUUAUAAUAACUAAUUUAAAAUGACAUCGAUGAUACCGACCGCACGUUAUCGGCCCGUGGUGCGCAUUGGCAAUUGGUUUGAGGACAUCUGUUUGGAGCAGGAAAAGGUGCAAGCCUUCAAGAGCCUACGCGACCGCGGUCAAUUAUUGGUGGAGAAGACGCGUCGCCUUUUCGAUAACUUUCACAAAGCCAUCGAACUGGAGGCGCCCAAAGAGAAUGUCUACUUCGGCGCUAUCGUACAGUUAAUGCCCAUGAAGAUGAAUAUCUGCGAAGAGCAUGUGAAGGCACAGCCCGCACUCUCGGUCAUCAUCAAUGAGCGUGUUGUGCGGCAUAGUCAGAACAUCAAUGACGAGUGUGAAAUAACCAUCGCGCCCUCGGUAACACCCUGUGUACGCAAUUCGUUUCGUAUAGUCAGUGGCGAUGAGAAGGAUCGCACCAAUGAGGUGAUCAAGUAUGGACAACAAUUUCGCUUGGAAUGUGUGGAGAGUCAAGAUGAUAUGCUGCUAUUGUAUAGUGCACCGAAAUCGGCGGAUUUGAAGAGCAUGAUUUAUACUACCUUUGAUUCGCGGAAGUGGGGCGAAAUUAAUCUGCCACUGGGUUUAUGUAGGAAAAGUAACUGUGGUCCGGGUAAGGAGAUACCCUCGGCAUAUACGAAAUGGUUUUGCACUCAUAUUGAGCCGAAGAAGCGUUUCGAGAGUCAUGGUGCGCCAGUGCCGAGCAACACCGCUUUAGUUAUCACACAUGUCCCAACUAAUAAGAAUCUUGCGGCGGAAAACGUCGUCGUGCAAACACUUUUUGGACCGGAAUUCCUCGUCUCAGUGCAGAACUAUAAAGACAUCUACAAUCGCGAACGUUGGCAAAAUAUUUGGAUGAUUUGCAAUGGCCAAAGUGAGGGUAAACGUUAAGUAAAUAUUCCAAAGAGAGACGUGGAAUCAUUGAACCCAACGGCUGCAAAAAGUAUGGGGAAAGAAUGCAAUUAAAAAAAUAAAUUAAACUUGUACAAAAACGACAACAAAUUAAAUAUAAAAU